UUUUCCAUUGUGGAAGUCUUUAAAAAAUAAUUCAACAUGGCGUUGCUUGUGAGGUCCUUAGGUCGGCAGACAUGCCUUCUGAAGCAAAUGCCAUUAUUGGCUGCACGAAGGUCAAACAAGGCCACAACAGCGUAUGAAGAGAUGAGUCGCUUCUGGGCCCGCAACCGUGCCCUUAAACGCCCCCUGUCCCCAUUCCUCACAGUGUACAAACCUCAUCUCGCAAUGAUGACCUCACUGACGCAUCGAGUGACAGGUGUGGCCAUGCAAGUUGUGAUCUGCGGCACGUCCAUCAUCCUCCUGUGCGUUCCCGGAGACUUCAAGGACAACCUGGAGCUGCUCAAGAACCUGAGCCUGGCCCCCGUUAUCGUCUACGGCCUCAAGUACAUCUUCGCCUUCCCCGUCACUUACCACUUCCUCAACGGCAUCAGGCAUUUGGCAUGGGACGGGGGCUAUGGAUUCGGCCUGAAGACCCUGUACAAAUCUGGCUACUUUGUGAUGGCCCUGACGGCCGUGGUAUCCACCUAUUUCGUGUUUGGCAUCAAGCCCAGCGCCAUGUAAACGCAGAAAUGUGAUGAUCCAUUUAAUCGUAAACAGCUGCGAGAAAGAUGUGGUGGGUACAGUGGAACAAAUGGACGUAGUCAUAAACUGGACAAUGUGAGGGUGUGAAUUUUAAAAUCUUGCAGACUCUUUAACUUCAUCUCUGUUUGACUGUUGAUUUAUUGGUAUUGUUAACUGAAUGAGAAGUCAAUCUAUAGUAAUCAACCAACAGUUAAACGAAAAUGAAGUAAUGAAUAUGCAGAUUUUCAAGACUGGAUACCCCCACAAUAUCCAGAUAUGUGAUUAUGACCAUUUUUCCAUCGGACCUGCUUUGAGAGAGCUGUGAUGGAUGGCACGGAAUGAAGGGAUAUCGUCUGCGUAUUGUCAAUGCAAAUGUAUCGGAAGGUUAUUGGUCAAAUUUGUCAGCAGAAGACAGUAGGGAGGGAGUAAAUCAAGACAGAGCCCUACGGCUGCCAUCCCCAAGUCUCAAUGAUCUACUACAACAUGUAAGUUAUAAUGGCACUUGUUGUCAAAAUAAAUUGACUAAGGACGCACAAAUCAUUGAGUUGGUGCUAAAGGGUGUAAGGGCGUCUAUACUUUUGCUGAAUUCUGCUGGUAAAUGUGGCUGUGUGCGGGGGCUUUGGGUAAGGGUUUGCGCUAUAUUGUGAUUUCGGAGGUUGUCACAGCUGAUCUAUAGACACUUCAGACGGAGACCCGUUGGUGGAGCUGUGACUGAUGUGUAUCCAAAUCUCCUUUUACUUUUACAACAAGCAUUGUCUCUAAACUCCUGAUUUGGAGGUUCGGUGAAAGGCUGAGGGCUUUCUAUGGACGUUGCUUCAUUUAUUUAAAAUUUCAAAAUAGUAUUACUUUUAAUCUCAAAACAGUACAUGUAUAACUAACAAUGGUGUGUCAACAUUGUGUUUACAGUUAGACUAGUUUCUUUUUAAAUAAAUUAUUUCAUUGAAAGUUGUUGGGGUUUUUUGUUGUUGUUGCCCGUUAUUGUCAAGGGGCACAGAUGAAAAACUGGAACCUUUUUCAUUUUGCAAUAUAUAUAUAUAAUAAUUGAUAUAUAGAUGAGUCUUAUGUGGCGAGCAACAAACAACAACCCAAAGAAAAAACUGGUGGCUUGGAAUUUCUCUGUGUAGAGAAUGUGGUGCUGGUUGCCUUCAGAAAGUGAAAGACUCGGAAGGAAAUAAGCCUCACUAUGAGAUGGGCAGCGGCAAAGGUCGGUAGUUGACAACUAAGCUAUGGACUGGGAAUGAGAUCACUGUAGAAAGCUGUUUUUGUUUUUUUUAAAUCAGCUUUGUAUCCUAAAGAGUUGAAUAUUUUUUCAGUUGAAGAGUUCUGAUGUUGAUACAUGUUUUGAUGCUUUAUGUUCACAGCUGUCUUUGUUUUAUCGUCUGGUUGGGUAUCUUCGCUUUAAGCCAGUAAAAAUAUAUUGAUAGUGUCUGCCAAAAUUUUCUAAAACCAAAUAUUUUUUUUUACUUCGUUGUAAAGCAGGGUGCAGUACAUCAUCUCAAUAAAUGGUGUACAAAUUCAAUGAAGAGAAACGCAUGAAACAUCAACACGAAAUUUGAGUUGCGGUGGUCUUUGAUACUUUUAUUAAAGGGUUUUUAGCCGCUGCGAUAUAAUCGCUUCAUGAGAGGUGGCCAAUGGCCCAUCAGUGUCUGAAACCAUCUGAAUGUUCGCACGUUAGUUGUAGUUUAGAAAAUUCUUCAAGUUUUUUUCAACCUCCUGGAGCAUCAACAACAUGUUGUCCUGUGAAUUUAAAAGUUUUUCAGUUGUCGUAAUAUAUAUAUUAUAUAGCCUAUUAUGUUUGUGCUAUGUUACCUGAAUCUUGCUUUCAAGUAAUUCCCUCCAUUGUUUGAUGUUUUUUCCUCUCCACCCGUCAGCCAUGUACAUCAACAAACUGGCAAUGAAACACAUCGGGAUCUGAAAUGCUGACGUUUUUUAAUUAAGUCUGGCAACAUUUCGGAAAUGUUUUCGUGCCGCUGGCAACCAAAUGUAUAAUGUGUAGGGCAAUCUGUGAAGUGACCUGGCUGUUUGGCAGUUUGUUGUUCACAACAUUUUGGACCUUUGUCUUGGUUUCUCAAUAAAAAGCCAAGAAUGUCGACC